CUCCUAGCCCUUUCUUUCCGACUCAGUCCUGGCCCAUGGCUCCAGGCCCAGGGCUCCCUGCCUCUCUGGCUCUGUGCAGACUCCGAGCCCGGGCGGCGCCCGACCACAGGGUCCCUGCGUGCGCGGUGCCGGGCACCCUGCUCCUGCUGCUCGCCUACCUGGUUUACCUGGCGCUGGGCACCGGCGUGUUCUGGGUGCUGGAGAGGCCCGCGGCGCGCGAUUCCAGCGCGAGGUUCCAGCGCGACAAGUGGGCGCUGCUGCAGAACUUCACGUGCCUGGACGGCCCGGCGCUGGACUCUCUGAUCCGGGGCAUCAUCCAAGCAUACCAAAGUGGGGACAUUGUCCUUGGCAACACCACCAGCAUGGGACGCUGGGAGUUCAUGGGCUCCUUCUUCUUUUCCGUGUCGACCGUCACCACCAUUGGCUACGGCAACCUGAGCCCCCGAACGAUGGCCGCCCGCCUCUUCUGCAUCUUCUUUGCUCUUGUGGGGAUCCCGCUGAACCUCGUGGUGCUCAACCGACUGGGGCAUCUCAUGCAGCGGGGGAUGCACCGCUGUGCCCGCAGGCUGGGGGGUGCCUGGCAGGACCCGACCAAGGCUCGGUGGCUGGCGGGUGCCGGUGCCCUCCUCUCGGGCCUCCUGCUUUUCCUGCUGCUUCCCCCCCUGCUCUUCUGCCACAUGGAGGGCUGGAGCUACGUGGAGAGCUUCUACUUCGCCUUCAUCACCCUCAGCACCGUGGGCUUCGGCGACUAUGUGAUUGGGAUGGACCCCUCCCGGAGGUACCCGCUGUGGUACAAGAAUACAGUGUCCCUAUGGAUCCUCUUUGGGAUGGCGUGGCUGGCCCUGAUCAUCAAACUCAUCCUCUCCCUGCUGGAGAUGCCAGGGAGGUCGUAUUCCUGCUACCACCACAGCUCCAAAGAGAUCUUCAAGUCCCAAAGCUGGAGGCAGAGCCCAGAUGGGGAGGCAGAACCCCAUUCACCACAGCCAGGCUGCCAUCUGGAGGAGCCUAUGGGAAUCAUGCAGCAUCCAGAACCCUCUACUCAGGUCUCAUGCUGUGGAAAGGACAUUUAGUUCUAUUCCAGUAUGUGUUCCAUCUUCUUCCUCAGCAACAAGACCCCUAGCUUUAAGCUUAGCCCAUGACCACUCAGACUAAAGACUACGUUUUUUAUUAAUCUCCUCUUGAGACUAUUUGAAGUUAUAUGAUUAAAUUCUGCCCAAUAGAAUCCACAGAGAAGUAUCCUGUGUGACUUAUGAAUGUGACUUUUCAUGGCGGGGCAGGGGAGGGGGG